CUGCGCGUCGGGGCGUCCCCUUCCGCCCCUUCCGGGUCCCCGGCCUGGGCAUGCAGCUCCUCCGGGGACUGCGGCUCUGGGGGCUCGGCCCCUACGUAGACCAGCUCGCCGCGGCCCGAGCCCCAGCCGCCUGCAGCGGCCCCCGCCCCAGCGCACCGCCUACUGGGCCCCGGCCCCGCCCCAGCCUCCGCUUGGCGCGCAGGCAGGGGCCGCCGAACCGGGCCGCCACUACUGCCUCCGCCUGCCGAGCCGCGCUGCCCACUAGUGCCGACACCAUGGAGCGCCCCGAAGCGGAAGGAGUAAAUUCCAAUGGUUGUGAAAAUAUGUCAAGAAAAAGGGAAAUAGCAGAAGAACCUGAAGCCAAUACUAUGGAUCCUCUGGUAGAUAUGCCAUUCGCUACUAUAAAUAUUAAAGAUGAUUGUGGAAUCACUGAUGCACCUCAAAUAGAUGUGGAGAAAGGUGAAGAAAAUGAACGGAUCAGUAAAGAUCAAAUAAAGAAGAGGAAAAAAAAGCACAAAGACUAUCAACCCAACUAUUUCCUAUCCAUUCCGAUCACCAACAAAGAGAUUACAAGAGGAAUUAAGAUCCUGCAAAAUGCAAUAAUCCAACAAGAUAAGCGGCUGGCCAAGGCAAUGACUGGUCAUGGUUCCUUUCACAUUACCCUGCUGGUGAUGCAGCUGUUAAAUGAAGAUGAAGUAAACAUUGGUAUUGAUGCUUUGUUGGAAUUACAACCACUCAUAGAAGAAAUCCUUCAGGGAAGACAUUUGACUUUGCCCUUUCAGGGGAUUGACACAUUUGGAAAUCAGGUUGGAUUUGUGAAGUUGGCAGAAGGAGAUCAUGUAAACCCACUUUUGGAGAUUGCAGAGGCUGCAAAACGGACAUUUCAAGAAAAAGGCAUCUUGGCAGGAGAAAGCAGAACUUUUAAGCCUCAUUUGACCUUCAUGAAACUGUCCAAAGUACCAUGGCUCCGGAAGAUGGGAGUGAGAAAAAUAGACCCAAAAUUAUAUGAAAAAUUUAUCAGUCACAGAUUUGGAGAAGAAAUGGUGCAUUGCAUUGAUCUCUGUUCCAUGUUGAAGAAAAAGCAAAGUAAUGGUUAUUAUCAUUGCGAGUCUUCGAUUGUGAUUGGCAAGAGACGUAUUGGAAUCCGGGACUUAAUUAAGGAAGCUUUGCAUCAAGAAAGAAUGGUUCUGAAGUCCAAAGUGAAACAGAUAAGAGAACUUUUAUUAAAGCCUGAGAUUCAGGCCAAAAUUAGAAGGGAGCUUUUUGAAGGAAGACCCAUUAACAGCAGUAAUCAAGAAAAUGAUGUUGAUUUCCGUGCAACUUUGACAUAAGGUCUGCCUUAAUAUCAUGGUACCAGUUUAUGAAAUGUUUUUGGCUGAUUAAAUAGCUCUUUGGUAAAUGCCAAAGAAGUGCUUUGAUAGUGUCUUUACUAUAGCACACCAACAUUGGGUAAGGAUUUCACAACUUCUUGCCAAAGAAAACUGAUUCUGUCCUGUUAUUUUUAUUUUUAAAGCUAAAUGUGUGUGGGAAUGUUUGUUUCUCUAGUAUCAAGGGUUAUUUUAUAAAAAGUACUUCUUAAUUAGCUGUUGUAAAAUGGUCCUUGGGUCUUCACAGAUAAAAUAUACAGACUGUGAGAAAUCAUUUACAGAUUAAAAAAAUAGAGUAUUUAAAGAGUCACUUGCUUCCUGUUGACAUGAUUUUUGUUGUAAUAGUAAAUCAAAAAGAAGUAUCGUCCACACAUGACCGUAUCUGGUGUUACUUUAAUGGGAAUUUGAAUGUUUAUUGAAUACUAGUACUUGAAUUAUAAGUGUAAUUAUUGCAAUUACUGGUUGAGAAUGUUUUAUAAUAGCCAUAUGUAUUAUUUUUCAAUGAUCAAAAUGUAGUUUGCCUUUUCAUUUCUUAAUGAAUAAAUGUUUGGGAUUUUUAUUUUAUACUUUUCUGAAGAUAAGCCCGGGUCUUAUUGUAUCCCUUAUAAUCUGAAUUUGUUUGCACUGGAUUAUUUUUAAAGAAAAUUGUUGAAAAUUUUCCCCUUGUAUGAUAAUCAUUGUUAACAGCUUUUUCUACGAUCAUUGUAAAAUGCUGCUACUGAGAGAUCAUGAUAGAGGGGAAAUUAUUAGAGAUCAAAUAUGUAACCAUUUCAAAUAUAAAAUCCAGUUUACUCCUGGAAUUUAGCUAUUUUUUCACUGGGUAAAUUAACUACAUUUAUUUAUAAAUAUGUUUUUGCAUUUUCAUGCUUCUUAAUAAAUGUAUUGUUUUCCCUUGUC